CGAAAGUGGAUGGUAUGCCUCAGUCAUGAUAGAUGCGCUCAAGGUACGGUGAGGGUGUCUGCUGCUUGUUUCGCGUAAGUAAAUGUGAUGCGGGAGUGAGAGAAGAGAAGAGACGAGAAGAGAAGAAAAGAGAGGCUGCCCAGGUACAUGCAGUGAAUGCAUUUCAGCGGGCCCGCUAUCGGUAGCUCCCACGGUAGUGCGAUACUUAAUUCAGUGGGGCGUGGGGGUGCUGUGCUGGCCAUCAGAGGCGCAAAAUCCCCGAGACCGCAGCGUGGGAGCGACGAGAGACUCGCCUGUAAUGAGAGCACUGACGCGGUAGACUGUUGUGUGCUGAUUGCGUGUAUUCCUCUCAGUUUUUCUUUUUAUUUGGUACUAUCGUAUUUUUCCUACUUGAUAAUAUUUUGUGUGUUAAAAUAUCUAAAUAUUUUUUUGUGUAGACUGGCCGCCUUGUUAAUCCGCAAAUGGGGUGCCAAAUAACGACUGGAAGCUUGAGUAUUGGAUAGCAGUUCUUUCUAUGACUAUAUAAGUGAUAUCA